AGGCACUGUUAAGGCGCGCAAUGCCAAAAAUCGAAAACGGAGACAGAGAUGUCCUACUCCAGCAACACUUUAUCGAAGGAGUACCCACAGAACUAAAAAGGGAACUAUUACAACGACCAAGCAUGUCCUAUGAAGAAACGGUUGCCCAGCAACUAGAUUUAGCGAGUCAAAUUUCAUCACACCUAACCGGGAGUCAAGUCAACCAAGCAAGUGCGAGUGACAAUUUGCAGACAACAACGAGGGAUCAGCCCUUGGUUGCGCAGUUGAUGGAAAAUAUGGAAACACUUACCAGAAAGGUUAGUGAAUUAUCUGUAUCUGUCGCCAAUGUCAACGCCAAGUCAGCGCGAAAUUCUACUCGGGGAAGACGGGGGCCUUGCUAUAAAUGUGGCAAGAUGGGUCACGUCGCCAACGAGUGUAGAAGCACCGGUACCGGAAGUCGACAACCAAAUUAUCGACAACGCAGCGCCGAAAAUUACUGCUUCGUAUGCGGGCAAAUCGGACAUUUUGCGCGAGAAUGCCGAUUUAGAUACCAGUCCCCUGUCGCUGGUCAACCGCGUCAGGGAAACGACCAAGGACCGACCCAUUACUAGGCCGGCGGUCCGUCCAAGAAAAUACGGCCUUGCCCAUAAACUGUAUCCAGCCUACUGCGGUUUUCAUCAAGACACGAAUAGGUGCCCAUGAGCAAAAAUGUUUGGUGGAUACAGGUGCAACGGUAUCGUUAAUAAGUCGAGAACUCAUAAGUGGGCCUUUAAAGCCAUGUUCUUUGAAGGCAAGAGGGAUCGGUGGAGAGGAACUACAAGUCCUGGGAAUGAAAGAAUCGGAAGUCAGUAUCGGCACAUUGACUAUAUCCCACCAGUUUAUGGUCGUAGGAAUGGGAAGCACCUGUAUUUUAGGUGCUGACUUUUUGACGUCGAAUGGUCGUGGAUAUAACAAAUUCGAAAUUAACUUGGCCAUCGGGAGAAGUGGCGUUAGUAAUCGAGACAACUGCACCAACUGUCAAUAA